CCUCGCCUCGUAAUCAAUCUCUCUCUCUCUCCGCCCGCCUGCCUGCAGCCUGCUUACCCCGACCGGGCCCCGACCCCGCCGGCAUCUCGCGGAAUCGCGGCGGUCAAAGCCCAGCCCCACCUCGCGCCGCGUCGCCGCGGUUUCCGCGGAUUAGUGCUCUUGGGAGCUUGGAUCAAGGGGGGAACGAGCUAGCCUAGCUGCCUAGGUGCUGCCGUCGUCGGGCGCCCGCCGGCGGCUGAGUAGCGAGAGGAGAGAUGGACGCGUUCCUGCAGAGGCUCAAGCGGCUGGAUGCGUACCCCAAGGUGAACGAGGACUUCUACAAGCGGACGCUCUCCGGCGGCAUCGUCACGCUCGUCGCCGCCGUCGUCAUGCUGCUCCUCUUCAUCUCCGAGACCAGGUCAUAUUUUUAUUCAGCAACAGAGACUAAAUUAGUUGUGGACACAUCAAGAGGAGAAAGGCUACGAGUAAAUUUUGAUAUUACUUUUCCGAGCAUUCCUUGCACCCUCCUCAGCGUUGAUACAAUGGAUAUUAGUGGAGAGCAGCAUCAUGACAUUAGGCAUGACAUCGAGAAGAGAAGAUUAGAUUCACAUGGUAAUGUUAUUGAAGCAAGAAAAGAAGGCAUUGGCGGAGCAAAGAUCGAGAGACCAUUGCAAAAACAUGGAGGAAGGCUUGACAAAGGCGAACAAUAUUGUGGCACGUGUUAUGGUGCCGAGGAGUCGGAUGAGCAAUGCUGUAAUUCUUGCGAAGAAGUCAGGGAGGCAUAUAAGAAGAAAGGAUGGGCUCUGACAAAUCCUGACCUAAUUGACCAGUGCGCUAGAGAGGAUUUUGUUGAGAGAGUUAAAACUCAGCAAGAUGAAGGCUGCAACGUCCAUGGCUUUUUAGAUGUCAGUAAAGUUGCUGGAAAUUUUCACUUUGCCCCAGGCAAAGGAUUUUAUGAAUCAAACAUAGAUGUGCCUGAGCUGUCAGUACUUGAAGGUGGUUUCAAUAUUACCCACAAAAUAAACAAACUGUCCUUUGGGACAGAAUUCCCUGGUGUUGUUAAUCCACUUGAUGGUGCUCAGUGGAUACAGCCAGCUUCAGAUGGGACAUACCAGUAUUUCAUAAAAGUUGUCCCUACAAUAUACACUGAUAUAAGAGGACACAAUAUUCAUUCGAACCAGUUCUCGGUAACGGAACAUUUUAGAGAUGGAAAUAUUCUUCCGAAACCCCAACCUGGAGUAUUUUUCUUCUAUGAUUUCUCACCUAUAAAGGUGAUAUUCACAGAAGAAAAUAGAUCUCUACUCCACUACCUGACAAACCUUUGUGCUAUAGUGGGAGGUGUGUUCACAGUCUCUGGUAUCAUUGACUCGUUCAUAUACCAUGGACAGAAGGCGCUCAAGAAGAAAAUGGAGUUAGGCAAAUACAGAUGAUCAACUUCAACCUUGUACUGGCCCCAUUGUUUCCAAAUUUUGUGGCAUGUAAGGAGGGUAUAUGCCAGCUAAAUAUGACGAGAUGCCACUUACGUUGCUGAGGUUGCAAGGCCAUCAAACUGAUGUUAUUGCACGUUAGCUGAUCAGAUAACCUGUAAAAAGACAAUGAGUAUAGCCUGGUCUGGGGAAGUCCUUUGAUGUUUAUCAUUGUUGACUGUCGUUGAAUGGCCUGAACUGGUGCGGAGGUGGAUAGAUCAUAGAUCACAGAAUGUUUCUCAUGAAAGUUUGUUCAAAGAAACAGCUUCACUCAUGGUGUCACUCAUCUUUAUAACUUUGUUCAUUGGUUAGUGCUGCUCUUCAGGAAGAACUAGAACGAUUCGAUUGAUUAUAUUGCUUUCCACCUAAUGGCCUUAGAGGAUUCCGUUA